AGUACGGGAUGGGGUGGGCAGAGAAUCGCCGCAAUGCUGGUUUGAUAGUGUCUGAGGACGGUGGGCGGAAAAAGCGGAAAAUUGAAGUGCCUCGUAAGUGUUCAUAUUUAGUAAGUACAGCCACAAGCAUCACGGACCAUAAAGUAGUUUAUGUAUUUGUUUUUCCAUAUGUAUUAAACUGACAUUAAACAUCAUUCAUCAGAUUAUGAUUGAAAUGUUAUGUGAUUGCAUAUCACAUCAAUACAAGUUGAUUUUCUUGUGUACCAUUAAGUCGAAAGCCUGUAAUGCUUGUGUGAAGAGGUGCUUGUUAUGUUGGAAGCCAUCUGGCAGAGGCUGAGCUGUCUCAUCUCUCCUUCUCUCUACUCCUCCGCUCUCCCUCCCCCACCUCCUCCUCUUCAUUUUCUAUCUUUCACCUCCCCCACUCCUAUCUCCGCUCUCUGCUCUCCUUCAUCACGACCUCUCUCUUUCUCCCUGCCUCCACCUCCUCCCUCCCUGCUCUUCAUCCUGCCCUCUCCUUCUCCCUGCCUCCACCUCCUCCAAUUCUCUAUUUGCUUUCCUCUCCCCUUUUCACUCCCACCCCCUCUGCUCUCCUUCACGCUUCCUCUCCUUCUCCCUACUCUGCCUCCUCUCCUUCAUGCUCUCUCCCUUCCCCCAACUCCUCCACUGUCAAUGCGCCCCUCUCCUCCAUGCUCUCUCCUGCGCCAUGCCAUUCCUCCUCCCGCUCUCCUUCAACAUGCUUUCUCCCUUCCCCCAACUUCUCCACUUCUGUCACUGCUCCCCUCCAUCCUUCAUCUCCCCCUCUGCCUCUCUCCCGCUCCCUGCCAUCCCUCCUCCUCUCCCUGCUUCCCUUCCUCUCCUUCAUAAUGCUCUCUCCCUUCCCCCUCUAUUUAUAUCACCGCUCUGUCCCUCCCACUCUUUCCUUAAUGCUCCCUCCUCCUCACCCCAUCCUCUCCCAUCCUCCACAGGAGGAAAGCAGACGCUGGGCCUUGCCUUGGGAGGUGCGGGGGAGGAGGAAGGAGGAGCAGCCAGGGUAGUAAUGGGGGGAGGGUGGAAGGAGGCACGCGAGCUGUACCUCAUUCAGUUCCCCGGGGAGGAAGGAGAACUGGAGGAGGAGGGGGGCUGUGUUUCAGGAGAGGGGGAGGAGAUGGACAACAUCAAAGAGGAGUCCAGUGAUGUGGUGGAGGGGGGCUACCAGCCUGCGUCUCUGCGGCUGAUCAAGGAAGCCCUGAAGAUGGACCCGCCCAACCAGAACCGCCAUACUGGAUCCAGAAACCACAGCGAAGUAGGAGACAUGGAGUUCAGCCCUGAGGCCCUGAAGCGGCCCUCAGCCGUAAGGCAUGAAGAGGGGGAUGAGGAGGAGUGGGACGUGGGGUCCCCUCCAACAGAGGUGUCGGAGGGGGUGCUGAGCGUGGAGGACCUGAGUGGGCUGGAGACGGCCCUGAGGGCAGAAAGGGGGCGCCAGCAAGCAGCCCUGAGGAUUCCUCCCACAGCAGGCUCCAACCAUGGCUCCAUGACCCCUGACCUGGAAGUCAUAGCAGGCAGCGAGUUCAGCCUGGGCCAGAAGUACAUUGGUCUGGAUGGGUUGGAACAGGAGGGGGCGCUGGGGAGUCCCACACCCUCAGAGAGGGACUCUAGUGAUGCCCUGCAGGGUCCUGGUGCCCGUCUGAAGGAAGGUGAGAGGGCACUGCCAGGGGGGGCUGGAGGAGUGCUGCAGCCACGCUGGCCCAAGAGGCCGAGGGACGGUGAGGGGAUGGAGGAGCAGGGAGGCUCAGAUGAGGCCCUGCAUCACCCAUCUGCUCCGGGUAGCGUGGAUGACAGUGGUGAGGAGGAGACCGGAGACCUGAUGCAUUUCUGCACGCAGUGCGGCGGGGGCUUUGCCAACGAGGCUGAGCUGGAGGAGCACCCCUGCCCCCUGGGGGACACUCACCUGCAGGGAGGGACGGAGGCCACCCUGUUUCCCUGCGCCUCAUGCGGCCACGCCUUCAGCCAUGCCUGGGCCCUGAAGAACCACGAGUGUGUGUGCGCGGCCGAGCGGCCCCACCGCUGCGAGCUCUGUGGGAAGGGCUUCACACACUCUCGCUCGCUGGAGAGGCACCAGGUGGUUCACACUGGAGAGAGGCCACACCGCUGCCAGCAGUGCGGGCGGAGCUUUAGUCGCCUUAGCAACCUGGAGAGGCACCAGCGGAUCCACACGGGCGAGCGUCCAUACGGGUGCGAGGUGUGCGGCAGGCGUUUCAGCAGAGUAGAGUACCUGAAAAGACACCAGCUGAUCCACAGUGGAGACCGAGACAAGGCCGGCAGCGCCCACCAGUGCUCUCAGUGUGGGAAAGGCUUCAGCGAACCAGAGCAGCUCAAAAACCAUGAGUGCUUUUUAUAGUUUUAUAAUUGAGAUUUACCAUGAUUUGUUUGGGGGAGGGGAAAGUUGAAAGAAAUUCCUGCUCAAGGUAGAAGUCCCUAACAGAUCUAAGAUCAUUUUACCCUGGCCUCAAUCCUGAAGUUGACCAAUAGAAAUGCAGUCUAAAGCUCUGACCUUGUAUCAGUGGUUAGGGGACAACUUCUACCUACUCCCCAAAAAAAAAGGCAAUGACUGUCAUCCAGGUUGAGAGGUCAAAUUGUAUAUGGAGAAACUUGUGUGUUUUGUAUGUUUCUCAAAUGUACAUUGUAUCUUUAUAUUAUGAAAUUUAGUAUUUUCACUUUGAAUACAUCAAUCAUGGCCUUGUAUCUUGACUUUAUCAAUGAGGACGAUAACAAUUUUGGUAUUUUGUACUAUUCGUUUGUUUUCUGUAUUAUCUAUCAGGAAUAAACACUACUUUAUUCAGUGA